CCAAUGGGACGCGCCACGGACUGCUGAGGGCGAGACCUGAGCAGUUCGUGAUCCCCAACCCGGGCCGGGGUGAAGCUUUGAGCAUCACUGUGCUAGGACGAGGGCACAGCCCGUACAGGGGUCUGUAUCCCAUCUUAACUCCUACGUGUCAUGAAAUGGUCUACCGCCAAAAAACAAAUACGUAAAUAAAAUAUCUCCUUGAGGCUGUAUUGGAGGCCUCUCUGGCUGUAUAACGGCCGUUCUAUGGCCGACGAUAGGCGAGCCUGAGCGAGGUCUGAUGUACAAGCACACAGGAGAUAGGGUGUCUGCCCUUUCACCCUGUAAAUUGGGCAGCCUGACUGUUAAUUGCAGAUUAUUCUGGAAAAGUUUACCUUUGCUUGUCUCAGCUCUAUUUUAAGGGAAGCUGCCUUUAGGGGAGUUCCUCUGGAGAGCAGACCCAAGGGCAGUGACUUUCCUUUGGCCACCUGGGAGCAAAAUAAAGUAUGGAAGUGAUACUUUGUGACAUUGGAGCCUGGCUGUAAUUGAUCAUGCAACUUGUGACUUUUUCUCUUGAAAUUCAUUGCCACUCUGUGAGGGAAUUGAGGCCAGUCUGCUGGAUAGUGAGACCAAUAUGCAGCAGAAAUAAACCAUCCCAGCUGAGAUGAGACCACCAGAUGAACCACUCAACUGAGUGUAGCUCAAUUUGCCAAAAAGUUUUUGUAAGCCAAAAAAGAAAAAAAAGUAUGAAUUUUAAAGUUAGACCCCUCAGAGCAUGCUUCUGAAUACCUUGUAAAUUCUCUUUAAUAUUCUCACACUCAUGUGUUUCUCAUGCUGGAUUAUAAAAUCUAGGAGCACAGGGUCUACUAGCUUUAUUACUUAUUUUAUCCCAGUAUUCAUCACACUGUGUGACCCAUAGUAAGUACUCAAUAAACAUGAAUGGUUGUAGGGACCAGAUCUAUGGACAGAGUCUCACCAGCUUGCAAAAGGUGCCUCCAGGAAUGACUGUGUUCCAAACUCACUUCAUUCUCAAGCCUUGUGGCCAAUGGUCGGAUAGAAGGUGAAUUGUGAUGUGUGUGGAACAUGGGACCUUGGGGAAUUCCGUAACCAAGAGGAGAAAGACAUAACAGCUGCUGGAGACAGAGAAUUGCUUCUCCCUUUUCUCCCCUCCAAGUUCCUAGUGAAGAGCUGAACCUACCAUUCCAGACCUGUGUGACUACACAGGCAAACAUUUGGAGACUGACUUCACUUUGGUACCCUGGCUUUCAGUGGCUCAAGGUGUUAGCUUUCUGAGCAGACAGGAGGCUUUUAAGUAGCAAAGCUCCCUGCUCUCAGCAUGCCCAGCACCAUGGGGAAGGGAGACACCCAGGAGGUAGCUCCACCCACCUCAACCCACCGCUCUGUCAUGGAGGAGUAUGGUUAUGAGGUCGGCAAGGCCAUUGGCAAUGGCUCCUAUGGGACAGUAUAUGAAGCUUACUACACAAAGCAGAAGGUCAUGGUGGCUGUCAAGAUUAUCUCAAAGAAGAAGGCCUCUGAAGACUAUCUGAACAAGUUCCUGCCCCGUGAGAUACAGGUAAUGAAAGUACUGCGGCACAAGCACCUCAUCAACUUCUAUCAGGCCAUCGAGACCACAUCCCGAGUGUACAUAAUUCUGGAGCUGGCUCAGGGUGGCGAUGUCCUUGAAUGGAUCCAGCGCUAUGGGGCCUGCUCUGAGCCUCUUGCUGGCAAGUGGUUCUCCCAGAUGGCCCUGGGCAUCGCUUACCUGCACAGCAAGGGCAUCGUGCACCGCCUUUCUGCUGCUGGUAGGGACUUAAAGUUGGAGAACCUAUUGCUGGACAAGCGGGAGAAUGUGAAGAUAUCGGACUUUGGCUUCGCCAAGAUGGUGCCUUCUAACCAGGCUGUGCGUAAUAGCCCUUCUCACGGACAAAUGAACUGCUUUAACCACCUCAGCCAGACCUACUGUGGCAGCUUUGCUUAUGCGUGCCCAGAGAUCUUGUUAGGCUUGCCUUACAACCCUUUUCUGUCUGACACCUGGAGCAUGGGCGUCAUCCUCUACACUCUGGUGGUUGCCCGUCUGCCCUUUGAUGACACCAAUCUCAAGAAGCUGCUGAAAGAGACUCAGAAGGAGGUCACUUUUCCAGCUAACUUGUCCAUCUCCCAGGAGUGCAAGAACCUGAUCCUCCAGAUACUACGCCAAGCCACCAAGCGAGCCACCAUCCUGGACAUCAUCAAGGAUCCCUGGGUGCUCAAGUUCCAGCCUGAGCAACCCACCCAUGAGAUCAGGCUGCUUGAGACCAUGUGCCAGUCGCCUAGCGUGGCAAACCGUCACAAAUCCAUGGAAAUCAGUGUCUGAAAGUGGCUGAGGGGCAGGGGGUUGAGAGAAGGGCAAAGCAGGAGGCGUCUGGCUAAAAAUCUUUUAUACCAAAAAUAAAUCUAAGUCUGAUUUAGUUUCAUGAGCUGGGGUCAAAGACAUUCUUUCCUGAGGGGAACCUUAGCAGGUAGAUUUCUGCCCAGAGCCUAUAACCAGUCAUCUCAACAGCUGUUGA